AUGGCCGACACCUUGCAAACAAACGGUAAAGCGACUGCUCUCGCUAUAGGAACCAAUCGGAUGUCGGUACGUUCCACUCGUAAAAAGAAGACUACGAUGCUGUCGCCGAAGAAAUUCUGUGAUUUUGUUAUCGGAAAAACUCCCGGAAAAUCUUUCGAGGCGGGAGUAGCCGAAUUGUACAAAGAGUACUAUUUGGAGUCGCCGACGUUUAUCAACUAUUUCCGAGCCCCAAAAGAGAAGAACGCUUCGGAAAGUGUCUGGUUGUAUGAUCAAACUCGUGUCAUCGUUCCUGAUCUCGAGUAUUAUCAUGCAUCGUGGGUUGAAGGUUUGAGACCAAACCAGUACAUUCUUGCUCAAGCACCUCGUGACGCAGCCGCCGCCAAGGAUUUCUUCAAAAUGGUGGAUCAUGUGAAAGCGGAAGCGAUUAUCAUUGCCGAAUCUUCUGAUGAAUUUUCGAGUCAAAUCGCACCAAAGUUCGAAAAAUUGGCUACGAAGAAGGGAGAGAAGGGAACUGAUGAUUUAGCCACUGCAGAUAUCAAGGAUCAUGGAAAAAAUCUGAAAGCGGUCAAGUUCAAUCGUGCUGAUCAAAUGACUCCGGCGGAAUUGGUGGAGAUGGUGGAGAGAACACGCAAGUAUUUGGGAAGCCCGUUGAAGGGACCAACUGUUAUCAUCUGCAGAGAUGGGGCUACCAGUUUCACUCGAUGCAACACAUUUGACACAUUCGAAGCUUACGACUUUGCGAUCAACUCGCUAGUCGAAUUGUGCAUCAAGCAUAAGAAGAAAUAG